CCAACAACUAGGCUGCGCACAAAAUUGAGGAGAGAGAAAAUGUGGGAUUCCAUUCUUAUGGAAUCACCAUCAACCUCUGAAAAGAAAUUUAUUUAUUAUUCCCACCACAAAAAUAACAAUAGUACCCCAUUAAUAUAUUUUUCUACCCAGUAUUAAAUAAAUUUUUUAACCCACAUAAAAAAUAAAUAUAAAAAACAAAUCUUUUUUUUUAUUAUUUUAACUUUUUUGGGAGAUUUAUCUAAUCAAAAUCACAUCUUUAUCUCUCUCUCCUCUUCAAUUGAAAGGAAGAGAAUACAAGAAGAAGAAGAGGAGGAGAGAGAGAGAAAAUAGUGUGUAAAGUUUAUAGAAGUCAUUGAUUGAUUAUGUCCGAAGCAGCAGCAGCAACAGCAACAUCAGUUGAAGAAGGUAAUCAGACGGCUGGGAUUAAGCCAUCAUAUCAUCAUCAUCAUCAUCAAAUUCCAAGAACUCGGGAGCUACAAUCUGGUGUGACGCAGCUACACCUUGACCCUUGUUCUUCAACUUUCAUGGACCUUGAUUUUGGGGAUCUAGAUGCUUCUUGGUCGUUUGAUCAGAUCCCUACUUCACCUGUUUUGAUUUCUACUUCUGACCAGCCUUUUUCUCCUCUUUGGGCUUUUACCGACGGUUCUGCCGCCGCCGCCGUUAACUUUUCCGACGACCGGAAUAUUCCCGGAAUUCGGAUUCCGGCUGAGCUUGCUCGGUUUACUCCUUGUAAUCCAGAACCUGUGGUUGAGAAUGGAGGGAAUGAGGGUGGUGAGGAGGAAGAUGAUAAGAAGAAGAUUCCGAGUCCGGGUUUAGGACAUACUCCACUGGAUAGCUUUGAUGUAUCAUUUAUAAUCAAAGAGAGGAUGACACAGGCACUUAGGCACUUCAAAGAAUCAACUGAACAAAAUCAGAUUUUAGCUCAGAUUUGGGCACCUGUAAAGAGUGGGAACCAAUAUGUGUUGACAACAUCAGGGCAGCCCUUUGUGCUAGGGCCUCACAGUAAUGGAUUGAAUCAAUAUAGGACCGUUUCUUUGAUGUAUAUGUUCUCGAUUGAUGGUGAGAGCAUAACGACUCUUGGGUUGCCUGGCCGUGUUUUUAGACAAAAGUUGCCAGAGUGGUCACCUAAUGUGCAGUAUUACACCAGCAAAGAGUAUCCAAGGGUUAAACAUGCCAAGCAUUAUAAUGUUCGAGGGACGUUGGCUUUGCCCGUACUUGAACCUUCAGGGCAGUCUUGUGUUGGUGUGCUUGAGCUCAUAAUGACUUCGCAGAAGAUUAACUAUGCUCCUGAGGUUGAUAAAGUCUGCAAAGCUCUUGAGGCUGUAAAUCUGAAGAGCUCAGAGAUAUUGGAUCAUCCUAAUAUCCAGAUCUGCAAUGAAGGUCGCCAAAAUGCACUUGCGGAAAUAUUGGAAGUAUUGACUGAGGUAUGUGAAACCUAUAAAUUGCCACUGGCGCAAACUUGGGUUCCAUGCAGGCAUAGGAGUGUUCUAGCCUAUGGUGGUGGUGUGAAGAAAAGUUGUUCCAGCUUUGAUGGAAGCUGUAUGGGACAAGUAUGCAUGUCCACCACUGAUGUCGCAUUCUAUGUUGUAGAUGCUCAUAUGUGGGGCUUCCGAGAAGCCUGUGCCGAGCAUCAUCUUCAGAAAGGGCAGGGUGUUGCUGGGAGGUCAUUUUCAUCCCAUGGUUUGAGUUUUUGUCGAGAUAUAUCACAGUUUUGUAAAAUUGAAUACCCAUUGGUGCACUAUGCUCGUAUGUUUGGGUUAACUGGAAGCUUUGCUAUCUGUUUAAGGAGCAAACAUACAGGAGAUGAUGAUUAUAUUCUUGAAUUUUUCCUCCCUCUUGACUUAAAAGACACUACAGAGCAGCUUAAAUUGCUAGGCUCCAUAUUGGCUACAAUGAAGCAGGAUCUCCAGAAUCUAAUGGUAGCUUCUGGAAGAACUCUGGAAGAGGAAAGGAAAUAUAUGGAAAUCAUUGAAGUGUCCGCAGAUGAGAAUCAGGACCUACAAGUUGAAUCUAAUUUGUCGACUAACCCUCAAUCUGUGGCUGAAACAAUAAAUGGUGUACCACCGCCGCUAAAUAUAUCCCAGCCCCAGUUGGUGGAACUUGAUUCUAGAAAUGCUGGAAAAAGUGUUGUUGGAGCUGGUCAAUGCCACAAUGGAAUCUCUGUAGUUGAAAAUAAAGAGCCCAAGAAAACCUCAGAAAGAAAACGUGGAAAAGCUGAAAAACAAAUUAGCUUGGAGGUUCUUCAACAGUAUUUUGCUGGGAGUCUUAAAGAUGCAGCAAAAAGCCUUGGAGUGUGUCCAACAACGAUGAAGCGCAUCUGUAGGCAGCAUGGCAUAUCACGUUGGCCAUCUCGCAAGAUCAAUAAGGUGAAUCGCUCCCUUACAAAGCUUAAGCGUGUGAUUGAAUCUGUCCAGGGAACUGAUGGAACAUUUAGCUUGACUUCCUUAGGUCAACCUACUAUCCCCGUUCCUGUUGGGUCUAUUAGUUGGCCUGCUGGUGUGAAUGGAACUUAUCAACAACAAUCACCAACUUCUAAAUCUUAUGAUCUUCCAGAUGAAAGGAGUGAGGUGCCACAGUUUAGCCAAAGAGUCGAUAGGCAAACCAGCGGCAGGGAAUCAAGUCAUGAAGAAAGAACUCAUGAGCAAAACGAGUUUGUGUCUAAAGCAGGGAGUGGAUCCCGAGAAGUAAGUGCAGGGACAUCAACUUCUCAUGGAUCAUGUCAUGGAAGUCCUGGAAUUGAAAGCAACCCACCAAAUGGCCAUUUCAUUCCCAACUUUCAUGAUCAAAUAGGUAACUCUACUGGUAUGAUGGGUCAACUAAAUGGAGAAUCACAUAUGGUUUCCGGCUACUCAAUGCCAGACGCCCUCCUUGCAGCACAUCAUCCUCGAGAAGCCUUUGGGGGCAUGCCUCUUGAGGAUGCAGGAAGCUCAAAGGAUUUAAGAAAUCUAUGUCCUUCAGCCAAUGACACCAAUGUAGAAGAAGUCAUUCCGGAACAUGGGUGGACAAAUCAUCAUUGUCCUAUUCCAUCUCCCAGAGUGUCUAUGAGUCCUGCUGGUAUGAUGCCCAGAUAUUUAGCUCGGCAAGAUAUGAAUGCUGUUACCAUAAAGGCCACAUUUAGAGAAGAUAUUAUCAGAUUUAGAUUCUCUUUGAACUCCAAUAUUGUGGAGUUGAAGGAGGAGGUGGCAAAAAGGUUUAAACUCGAAGUGGGAACAUUUGAGAUAAAAUAUCUCGACGAUGAUCACGAGUGGGUUUUCAUAGCUUGUGACUCUGACCUACAAGAGUGCUUAGAUAUUUCAAAAUCAUCAGGAAGCAAUAUGGUGAGACUGUUGAUUCAAGACGUAUUAGGUAAUCCUGGAAGUUCGUGUGAAAGCUCGGGAGGUUGAAAACCAUUUGAACAGUUAGAUACUUGCAUAGAUUGUAAUCCAUUCUUGUAGUAGUAUUAGGAUGGUGGGCAAGUCAGAAUUUGUAGAUGGGUGUAUCAGUUGGUUGUUUAUGCAAGCUGUAUAUAGUUUGCUGGUAAUAUUUAGGGGUGAGCACAAUGUGGAUGUUGUUCUCUUUUGCCUUCAGUUUUGCUAAAUUUUUGUUCUCUGUUCAUUGUAAUUGUAAACAGAACAUUUUCAAUUAUAAGACAUGUUUUUCUGGAAAGAAAACAAUUGCUUUCCACUGGUUAGUCCUGUCA